UGGAACGCAGGAGUUCAAAAUGACCACAAGUUCCUCUCUCUCUAUCUCUCUCAAAAGCUCAAAACUCAUCACAGGGCUUAAACGUGUGGUCACUUACCCACCUCUCUUUCACCCUUACCAUAUUCAACACUCACAUUUUUAUCAUCUUAAGCUGGAUUACAUUCUAUAAUCGAAAGCUGAAUCCCUACUUUUGUAGUUUUUAGAGGAACCCACUAAUGCCUUGCACCUUCCUCAACUCAGUAGUUCUACCUCCAUGUCCAACAUGAUCACCAUGUUAGACUCAAUUGGUUGUUUCUUUGGUCCCAAGGGAUAUGACAUUGUUACUCAGACAAGAACCAGUAGGGCCGACUCUCAUGCACUUUCAUAUCUGUCUGGACAUAUUUUCUCUGCGCCUUAUCCCCAUCACCGUCGAUUGCAUCCACCAUUGUCUUCUGCCCAUCACAAGAUUAGUCGCUGCUUUUCAUAUACUGCACAUGUAUCCAAAGGCAGGCUCUCGUUAUCUUCUUUUGUUUUGGGCGAAAGGGGAUUCCAGUUUUCCAGCCGUGGACAUGCUAUGAAGGAUAGAUUCCGUAUAUAUGCUGCAGUUGAUGUUGCCAAUGGUGUUGAUGUAAUAAAUGAUUUGGGAAUGGAUACUUUGACAUUAUUAGCUGUGACUGUUAUAAUUGUACCGGCCUUCAAGAUCAUCAAGGCUAGCCCUAUACUUGGUUUCUUCUUUGCCGGAGUUGUGCUCAAUCAAUUUGGCCUGAUAAGGAAUCUUACCGACGUUAAAGUUCUAUCUGAAUGGGGGAUCCUCUUCUUGCUGUUUGAGAUGGGUUUGGAGCUUUCGCUUGCACGCUUGAAAGCUCUUGCAAAAUUUGCCUUUGGCAUGGGAUUGACUCAGGUUGUACUUUGCACUCUUGCUUUCACAGCGUUUGAGCUUCCCCCCAAUGGCGCUAUUGGAACAAAAAUAUUGCAGUUCCUUUUUAACUCAAGGCCUGAUUUGGUGAACAUCAGAAGCAUUGAUGAGGCAGUAGUGAUUGGUGCUGCUCUGUCAUUGUCUUCUUCAGCCUUUGUUCUGCAGCUUCUUGCAGAAAAGGGUGAGCUUCCAACUAGGUUUGGCUCAGCAACAUUGGGGAUUCUUCUACUGCAGGACAUAGCAGUUGUCCCUCUUUUAGUCAUACUUCCAGUGCUAGAGAGCCAGAACUUGGUGGGGGAGAGUAUGUUGCCAAUGCUUGCUAAAGAAAGUCUGAAGGCAUUAGGUGGACUAGGCCUGCUUUCACUUGGAGGAAAAUACCUUCUUCGGAGAGUUUUCGAGGUGGUUGCAGAAGCAAGGAGCUCAGAAGCUUUUGUUGCUCUCUGCCUACUGACAGUUGCUGGGACUUCGCUUCUAACCCAGAAGUUGGGUUUCAGUGAUACGCUUGGAGCAUUUUUGGCUGGGGCAUUAUUAGCAGAAACAAAUUUUCGAACCCAGAUUGAGGCCGAUAUAAGGCCUUUUAGAGGCUUGCUUCUUGGAUUAUUUUUUGUCACUACUGGUACUUCUAUUGACACGCAGCUUCUUUUCCGGGAGUGGCCAAAUGUACUCUCUCUUUUGGCAGGUUUGAUUGUUAUCAAGACCUUAAUUAUAACAGCAAUUGGUCCCCGUGUUGGACUAACUUUACAAGAGAGUGUAAGAAUAGGAUUGCUUCUGUCCCAAGGGGGGGAGUUUGGAUUUGUAGUUUUCUCUCUAGCAAACAGGCUCGGAGUGCUACCACUUGAGUUGAACAAACUACUCAUAAUUGUUGUUGUGCUGUCAAUGGCAUUGACACCCUUUCUUAAUGAUUUAGGAAGAACGGCUGCUGAUUUUAUUGGUGAAAAGUUUGAUGUGGAGGAGAAAACUGCUGACACGGUAAACUUUGAUGCUAGCGAACCAGUUGUUAUCCUGGGGUUUGGGCAAAUGGGUCAGGUCCUCGCCAAUUUCCUGGCGGCACCGCUGGCUUCUGGAGUAGAUGAUGUUGCAGGAUGGCCUUAUGUGGCUUUUGACAAUGAUCUCUCCGUAGUGAAGGAAUCUAGGAAACUUGGGUUUCCAGUCCUCUAUGGUGAUGCAUCACGUCCCGCAGUUCUGCAGUCUGCUGGUAUUUCUUCCCCGAGAGCUAUCAUGGUCAUGUACACGGGGAAGAAGAAGAUAAUGGAGGCUGUUCAAAGGCUGCGGCUUGCCUUCCCCUCGAUUCCAAUAUAUGCCAGAGCUCAAGACCUUGCGCAUCUCUUGGCUUUGAAGAAAGCUGGUGCAACGGAUGCUAUUCUUGAGAAUGCAGAGACAAGUUUACAGCUUGGCUCUAAGCUUUUGAAAGGCCUUGGUGUCAUGUCCGACGAUGUGACAUUUCUUAGUAAUCUUGUACGAAACUCCAUGGAGAUACAAGCUCAAGAAGAACUUGACAAAACUGGUGAUCAAGAAAUUGAGGUUAUGGAGCCAUUCCAGGUAAGAGUUGCAGACUUGAUUGGGACCAGAUUACCGCCACCAACAUCUGAUGAGAAGAGCUCUUCAAUGGUGAACCAGAUAGAUAAAGAUCGUGUUCCAAGGUUCCAGGGCGAAGUAGAUCAAUCAUUGCAAAAUGGUGAGCUCGAUCAAUCUGAGGAUUUAAAUGGCAAAGGUGUUUUAUACUGUGAUUUGGAGACACAGAACGGUUCUCCAAUCAGCCGUGAAGAUGCCGCAGAAGGGAAAAUGGAGUUAGAUCCAUCAGGGCCUUUAGUUAUUAACAACGACCGACCUUGAAGUCCAUCAUUCUUUUUAUUUUUCCUAUACCUUUUUUCCUCAAUGGGGGAUGAGAUAGCUUUUACUUUUGGUGGUUGACUCAAGGCUUAGUGCUUUAAGAUUGUACCAUAGUUUAUUCUUGAUCAUUGGAGGAUCAGAUUUUGCUAUUAAUUCGAAAAUUGUGGCAGAAGGUUUUCAUAUAAGGUGCAAAGUGUUUCAGAACCACAGUUGUAUAUAUAAUCGAAUUCGAUGGCAAUAUUUAUUCAAUCGAAGGUGUUACUUUUCUGCUUCA